UGCUACCUUCUGGACCACACCGGACGCCCUUCCGGUCCCAUGGUCGCUGCGCUUGUCGUCUCUGGCGCACAAGAAGGCGCCCCGCAGCCCGCGUCGCUCAAGGUUUACCCCGACGGGGAGCAUAUCGUAGACCACAUCUUCACAUCGGCGCUGAUUGUAGAGCGGAAAAGGCUCACACCCUCCCCGAUGACCGUGAACCCUAUAUUCAACUAAACUGCAUUGCAUCCCGAUCAUCCUUC